GUUGACAAAACUGUGUGGAAAGUAAAAAUUGAUAUAUUGCGUUAUGGACUCAUAAAAAAAAUUAUGUUAAAUUUAUAUUUUCUUAUUGUUGUUUUCAUUUUUCUAUUUUUUCUUUUUGUAAUACUAAUAAAGCUUUUAUCUGUCCAUCAAUUUUAAUGACAGCAUCGCGUGUUACCAUCAUGGCUUUGUACAUAUGUAUAUAUGAUGAAUUCAUCAUAUUGUUUAUACUCUAGAGAUGCAUUUUAUAAAUUAAUUUUUCUCUAAUUGUAGUUUUCACCAUUUAACCAACAACAUUUUCUUGUUUAUUUUCCAGAGACAGACUUUAAGGAACGUUUAAUAUCAGCCGUUAAAAAGGAGGUUAAACAGUUGAUGGAAGAGGCGGUUACGAAAAAGUAUGUACAUGAAGAAAGUACUACAGUAACACAAUUAUGUGCAGCUGUGGAAGCCUGUCUGAGUCAGGGUUUGAGACGUCGUGCUUUGGGUUUGUUUAAAACUUCAUCAACUACAGCUCUGUUGCAUAAAAUUGCCAAACUUUGCUCAGAUGCCGAACAUAUUAGUAAAAUGGUACAAGAUAUAGAGGCGAAUGAUCCUCACAAGCGUUCGUCUUCGAGUAGUGACAGUUUUAAUAGGCCGCCAAUGAUGAAGAAGGGAAGUAGUAGUUCAGUCACAAGUGCAAUGAGUACUAGUUGUUCUAGUGUUUCAUUAGCCUCAAUGAAAUAUUUAUGGAUACGACUGGCUUUAUAUGAAAAACGUUUGGUUAAAAUUAUUGAAUAUCUUGUGGAAAAUGCCUCAUCUUAUUACGAAAGAGAUUCUUUAGUUGCCGAUUCUGAUUAUGGCUGUAUUUUAAGUUCGCUUCUGGUGGGUCCCUGUGCUUUGGAAUUUACAAAGGCAAAAACUGCUGAUCAUUACUGGACCGAUCCACAUGCUGAUGAAUUAGUACAAAGACAUCGCAUUAGUUCGGGUAGACGUUCUUCUUCAGUGUCCUCAAGGGCACCCAUAAUAAAUUUCAAAAGAAGUUUAAACACUAGUACAGAUGAAGCUAGUACUGGCACUUUUAAGUCCAUAGCUUCUUGUACAGUCGCCAAAGAUUACGUAGAGUCAUUACAUCAGAAUUCCAGAGCUACAUUAUUGUACGGUAAAAAUAAUGUCCAAGUAUUGCCGAAAGAUUGCAGCGAACCCAUGUUGGGCUAUUUGAGUCUUCAUCAACAUAUACAAACCUUAACAAUUAAAUGGACUCCCAAUCAAUUGAUGAAUGGUUAUCAGGAAUCGGAGGAUGAUAUUGAUAAGGAACACUAUUGGGCCUAUGCCUUAAACAUCAAUGUGGAUGAUAUCGUAUAUGUACAUUGUCAUCAAAACAAGGGCGAGGAUAGUGGUGGCACUGUAAUUCUGGUAAGCCAAGAUGGCUUACAACGUCCUCCCAUUAUAUUUCCCGAAGGUGGCCAUAUGCAACAGUUUUUAAGUUGUUUAGAGACGGGUCUAUUACCUCAUGGUCAACUAGAUCCUCCGCUAUGGUCUCAAAGGGGUAUUGGCAAAAUAUUUCCUUGGCCAAAAAGUGUACGCAGGCGUAUAUUGCCAUCUGUUAUGGAAUCUUUUGAUGAGACCCCUAUUGAUUAUGUAUUUCGCAUUGUUAGCAAAAGCAAACAUGAAGAAUUUGCUGCAGCACAUUCUAUAUUGGACUUUGUUCGGAGUACCCCACGGCGAGCACAGCUGAGCAGUUGUUCUACAACCGGCAGUAGUGAUUGUUCAAGUAAAAGUCUCUCCAUCGAUCAAUAUCCUUUGGAAUCUCCUUUACCACAAACUAGCCAAAAUGCUAGUAUUGAAAUGGUUUGUUCUACCAUGAAACGUCAGAUAAUAUCAAGAGCAUUUUAUGGCUGGUUGGCAUACUGUAGGCACUUAUCCACGGUACGUACACAUUUAUCGGGCUUGGUUAAUGGACGCAUAACACCAGAGAUGAAAGCUGAUGAAGAUGGUUUAACUAUUGAAAAGUGGAAGGAAUUAAAUGAGAACGGUACAGCUGUUAAUGCCAGUGAGGUUUUCCGUUUAGUAUACUUUGGUGGUGUGGCUCCCGAAUUACGCAAAGAAAUUUGGCCCUAUCUUUUAGGUCACUAUAACUUUGGCAGUACCUCUGAGGAGCGUCAGAGUUUAGACGAAACCUGUAAGCACUACUAUGAGACUACAAUGAGCGAAUGGUUAGCUGUGGACGCCAUAGUACAACAAAGAGAGAAAGAGAAAACAGCUAGAGCUGUUGCAAAACUAAGUUCAGGCAGUAAUAGUGGGCAAGAAAAAACAGUACGACAUGUUGAUAUAGAAACUGGAGAUUUGGAAAACGAAGUGUUCGAGGAUAUUUCCGAUAUAUCUGAUCCUGGAGAUUUAGAAUUUGAGGAAGAGCAAAGAGAACCAUUACAAGCCGUCAUGACUAGCAGUACAGGCCAUUUAAUGGUGAAACCAAUACCAAGAGCCAUGAAAACUAGUACAGACUCAGGCAAUGUUGAUGACAACAUCGAUGAUUUAAAUAUUGAAGAAGAACGAGAAGAUUUAAAAUGUGAUCUUCCACAACAAUUUUUGAAAGAAGAAUCCUCCCUUAAAGAAGAUUUCUCGGUCAAUGUCAAUGCAAGUUCUAAGAGUACUCCUUCAACUUCAUCUUAUGAUACUGUUGGAAACGGUUAUGUAGAAUUGAAACAAGAGCAAUCAACUAAUUUUAUAGCUUCAGAGGAGUUAGAUACAAAAUCCAUACUAAGUCCAGAGUACUUGAGUGCUGAUGAUUUUCAAGACCAUUUAAGAGAUGAUGUGCAAGAAGAAGCAUUAGAUGAUGAAAGUGAUUUAAAAACUGCUGUUAUUGUUACAAAUGCAUCAGUAGACAUUAUAAAUUGGGAGAACAGUCCUAAAAUUUCUAGUAUGCGUAUGUCACCUCUGGAAGAACAACCAAACCAAACGGUAUUUGAUGCUUUACAGGAGCCAAAGUCUACUUGUGUAUCUCCGGCCAGUUCAAAUGGUGGUGUUUAUAGUAGCGAAUUGCUGGAACAAUUCGGUUUAAACUUGCAUCGAAUUGAAAAGGAUGUACAACGUUGUGAUCGCAAUUAUCCUUAUUUUGCAAAUGAAAAUUUAGACAAAUUACGAAAUGUUAUAUCAACCUACGUUUGGGAACAUUUAGAUAUUGGCUACAUGCAGGGCAUGUGCGAUUUAGUGGCACCUCUUCUCGUUAUAUUCGAUGAUGAGUCGUUGACAUACAGUUGUUUUUGCAAGUUAAUGGAGCGUAUGAUUGAAAACUUCCCUAAUGGAGGAGCAAUGGAUAUGCAUUUUGCCAAUAUGAGAUCUCUAAUACAAAUUCUUGAUUCGGAAAUGUAUGACCUGAUGGAUUCAAAUGGUGAUUAUACACAUUUCUAUUUCUGUUAUCGUUGGUUUUUAUUGGACUUCAAACGUGAAUUGGUAUACGAUGAUGUGUUCUCCACUUGGGAAGUAAUAUGGGCAGCCAAACAUGUGGCUUCUGGACAUUUUGUAUUAUUUUUAGCAUUGGCUUUACUGGAAACUUAUCGCGACAUCAUUUUAUCGAAUAGUAUGGAUUUUACCGAUGUCAUUAAGUUUUUCAAUGAAAUGGCCGAGCGGCACAAUGCCCAAUCCAUUUUACAAUUGGCGCGCAGUUUGGUAUUGCAAUUGCAAAUGAUUAUUGAAAAUAAAUAAACUAGUUAAUUAAUAAAUAGCCAACUAGUAAAUAUAAAAAAUUAAAUUAUGUGCAUGUAAAUUAGAUUUAUGUUUAGUAUAAAAAACAUUCACAAGUAGAGGCCAAAAUCAAAGAAAAUAAAUUCUUCCUAUAGUAGUAGAUCGUAAAUGAAACUAGCUCUAUUAAUAACUUCCACUUUAAUUAUAUAAUUUUACUUGUGGUAGGUAAUUACGAUUUUUAUAAAUGUUUUCAACUACAUAAUUAUUAAAUUACAAUCAUUUUUGAUGUAGUUUAUAAGCAACAAAAAAAAAACAUAAAUAAUUCUAUACAAAAAAAUAAAUCAAUUUUUAAAGAUUGAAAGCAUAUUCUUUAAAGACAAAUCAAAGAAAAUCUCUAUUGCUAUCCUUCUAAAAUAAUAUUUUGUAAAAAUGCAUCGUCUUUUCUCAGAUAAAAAUAGUUUUGUGUGUUUUGGGCGGUAUCGGGAGAAUUUGUUUGAUCAAAUUCUGUAAAGGGUUUAGUAGUUAAAAGUAUGAACAACAAUUUUUACAAAAUUGAUUUUAUCAGGACAACGACGAUACGUUAUCAGUAGUUUCAAUAUAAUAAAAAAUAAUAUUCGAAUAUGAAACGAUUUGCUCAAUUUAGAAAUAUUAUAAUUAAGGCAGCUUGUCAUAUCAAAAUAAGAAUAAAGAAUUUAUUUUACUAAACAAAUAUAAAACAGAAAAAAAAAUAAACCAAGAAGUAAAAUAUCAAUAUUUACAUAUUUACAAAAGAAAACACAACAUUUAAAAAAAUCCGAUACGAGUAAAAUUUUGUCUAAAUCAACCUCAAAUUAAAAAAAAAAAACUCUAAUUCUAAAACUAAUUGUAAUCAUUGAAUUUCAAAACAAAACUUAAAAAUCAAUAUCCUUAAGAGACUGUUAUCUAAAUUCCUUUUUAUUCUAUAUCAAUGUACUGUAAUUUAUUGAUUUAUAUAGA